CUUAUCGAUAACUACCUGCUGGCUAUCGAAAAACAAACCAAUUUAACUAAAAUGCCAAAAUAAACGUAAAUAAAUGCAAUAAUGGACGAAGUGGACAAAAUUAUUAUGCACCAGCUGCAGCAAAUCGAUGACAGCAUCGAGCCCACGGAUCAGCUGGCCAAUUUCACGCCAGAACAGGUGGUACGUGCCGUUUCUAGCUGCUUGCUGGAAAUCGAUCCUUCGAUGAAGGAACUGCCACGAUUCUUGCCAGGUGGAGCGAUGGCACAACGUUUCAGUGUGGCCACGACGUUGGCUGAGCGUUGCAAGGAGCAGGGCUAUCGUGGUGACAUUGGAUAUCAAAUCUUUCUAUAUCCCAACGCCGUAGAGCUGCGUCGCCUGCUGAUGCAUUUGAUUGAGCGACUGCCGCGGGAGCGACAGCAAAUCGAUUUGGCUGAUAAGUCACAUUCCCUAAGUGCCCGGGAACAACUGCAGCGAGAGGUGCGCAGGCAGUUGUCGGAGCAGUUGAAGGCGCCUUGGGUGCCCCAGUAUUGUCGCACUGUUGCCAACAGGCGGAGGCAAGGCUGCAGCUGCCAGUGCAUUGAGUUCAAGCCGCAUCUGAAUCUCAAUGUGCCUGGGGCCAAUUUCUCGGAGCGCAGCAAGGAAGUGCAACAGUAUUUCGAGCAGUUGGCGCCCAAUUUAUUCCAACAAGUGGAUGGCACCGCUUUCGAUCUCAUUGCCUCCGUAAUGCACAAAAAUGAUUUGGAGCGCUGCGGCGAGCAGGUACCAAAGGCUGUGAUGGCAGUGCCGGCUAAAGAGGAAGUGGGCGAAGUGCCACCUAGUCCUGGUCCGGUGCCAGCUGUUAAGCAGGCAACCAGCAGUGCAGAGACGGCGGCAACUCCAGUGCAAAAGCUGACGGAUGAAGUGCAGCAGCUGCGCACACAAUCAGAGCUGUUGUUGAAGCAGCGCAAGACGCUGACCAACUGCAUCGAAGCUUUGAAGGCACGCGAGUCUGAAGCGGAGCAGGAGCUGGAGCGCCUGCAGGCAGUGGUAAAGUUGCAUGAGCGCAGCUGCCUGGUGCUAGCGGAGCCGGAACAGAACGUGGCCAAGCUCGAAGCGCUGCUGCUCGCAACCAAAGCGAAGCGGCAGACCCUGACGCAGCAGUGGCAGGAAUAUCGUAAUCCCCUGCUGAACACUCUGGAGAGCCUCAAGUCAGCGCAGGAAACGCAGCAGGUGCAGCGCGUGCGCCUGGAAAUUGAGCAGCUGGAGCAGGAGCUGCUGGCCAGAACCCAGUUGCACAACGAGCUUACCCUGCGUAGUGCAACCCAGACUCAGCUGGCACCACGUAAGGAAUACACUCGACGCAUUCACGAAUUCAUUGGAAACAUACGGAAACAGCGUGAGGACAUCUUCCGAGUGCUCGACGACACAAGGCAGCUGCAGAAGCAGCUCAAUGUGGUUGCAGCGCAGCUAGAGCGUCAAUUCAACUACACGGACGACCUGCUCUUCCAGAGCGCCAAGCACGAUCUGCAUGCGAAGAAGGCAUAUAAGCUGCUCGCUCAGUUGCAUAGCCAUUGCAGCGAGCUGGUCGAGUGCGUCUCCAACACGGGCAACGUGAGCAAGGAGAUACGCGAGCUGGAAGUCCAGAUCGACAGUGAGAAGAUGAAGAACGUGCUCGUCAGUCUGCAGCAAAUCACGGGUGACAUUCAGAAGUUCGAACAGCACAUUCAGGAGCUGCAAACACAAAUACGCACAGUGGAGAAUGCAAUAACAAUCGCCUAACCAUAACGAUUAACGAUAAAUGAUUAACGAUAUUAGUAUAUUACCAUAUUACUUAUGUAUUAGUGCCAAUUAAAACAGAUCACUUUCGCAAAGCGUA